GCGAAAAGUCUGGUCGCCCACAGCUGCUUCGGAAAGAAGGGGAAUCUAGAGAGAGGGAGGAGAGGAGCGGAGAGGAGAGAAAGAAAGUGACAGGAAGCCACCUCAUUAAACACUGACAGCGGGUCAAAGACAGAGAAGAGAAGAAAGAGUGUGUCCAGAACACACCAUAACCAUAUGGUGAUCUUAAAAGUGGAAAAGCCAGCAGAAAAGAGGUGAUCUGUUACUUCAGAAAAGGAAAGUGUAAACUAAAAGGAAACUUUCCCUGAAAAAGUUAGAGACUCCAUCAUGUCAACACUCUCGGCAGAGACAGGCCCUGAGGAUGCCAACAAUCAGAGCUUCUGGAUGCCAGGGAAUUACCAGCGGACAGUGAAGAGGACCGAAGAUGCCUUCCAGGCAUGUAAUGAUAUAGUGGCAUGUUUCCAAGAGAGGGCCAGGGUCGAGAGACAGUACGCGCAGCAACUUAGCGAAUGGAGUACCAAGUGGAAACCCCUAGUGGAUGCUAGUCCUCUCUACGGCUCUCUGUUACAAGCAUGGCAGUGCUUCCUCUCUUCUGCUGACCGCUUCUCCUCACUGCACUCCUCCAUCUGCCGUGCUCUGGUGUCAGAGGACGGAGACCGCAUCCGCACGUGGCAGAAGGAGACUUUCCAUAAGAAGAUAUUUGGAGGUUUCAAAGAGUCCCAGGAUUUUGAAACUGGUUUCUCACGUGCUCAGAAGCCCUGGGCCAAGAGACUGAAGAAGCUAGAGAAGGCCAAGUCAGCAUUUCACAAAGCUUGCCGUAAGGAACACAUGGCUCGUGAGCGGGAGGCCCAUGCUCAAGGCAACCCUGACAUUGCCAUUGAGAAACAGAGGAAGAUCCAGGAAGAGACCGAACUUGCUCACCAGGAGACAGAGAAAGUGCGAGCCCGCUAUGAGAAGGUUCUUGAGGAAGUGACACGUUAUGCUCCACGCUACAUGGAGGAAAUGGAGUCUAUCUUUGACCAAUCACAAGAAGAGGAGAGGAAGAGGAUAAGCUUCCUCAAACAGGCUUUCCUGUCCAUCCACAGACACUUGGAUGUCACCAACAACGAGAGGUGCGUGAGAAGGGUUAUACCGGUGAAAUCUCAGUUUCUGUCCAUUUCAUUAUUACUCGCAAUGAGAAUGCCCACUGACUGGCCUCAGUUUCAGGAGUGGACUCCAGACAAGAAGCAUAAAAAGGGAAAGAAGGAGGUGGAGCAGAAAGCAGUAGUGAUGGAGAGAAGUCUAAUGAUUGGAGGAGUGAGAGUCAGAGCUCUCUAUGACUAUGUUGGACAGGAGACAGAUGAACUGUCCUUCAAAGCAGGUGAGGAGUUUCUGAAGAUUGAGGAUGAGGAUGAUCAGGGUUGGUGCAGAGGCAUGAUGGACGGAGGGAAAGAGGGCCUUUACCCUGCUAACUACGUGGUGGUUGUGUAAAACCACAGGACAGCAUCAAGCUCCAGCUCUGGAAUCCAUAAAUGCCUACAGGCGCCCAGGUUUAAGCCUGUUUCACAGCCAUUUUUAUUGAUGAUUGAUUUGUUUUCUCUGAACAGAUGACAGAUGGUACACAGGUACGGGUUUAGAAUUGAAUUAAGUGCGUUAAUUUGGGAUCAGAAUGACAAAAUGCUUCCAAAGUUCUUUCACUAUGAUCCUACUUGAGAACAUUGUAAUAUUAUAUUUUAUUGUGUGCCACAUUGUAGCUUUAAGUCAAAAUAUACAGAGAUUUUCAUACGUUAUAAUAUGAUUAGGUACCAGUACCAAGCUCCUCUAAUAUAUAUAGAGAAAAUGAACUGCAUUGUCUUGAUGCUUGCAUGAACCUACAGAGUAUUUUAAAGACAAUGUCUCACACCAAAGAUUAUUUACAUUUUAUCAAUGACAUAUUUCUUCUGAUGAGAAUUAUAUUAUAUCUGAUGGCUGUGUGAAAGGGGCCAGAUGGUUAUGAUGUAAUCUACAGAUGCGAAUUUCAUGCAAGGUGUUAAUAGGUAUGAUAAUAUACUAUAUUUUAUCCGCUUUGGUCUUGUUGUUAAAUGUCACUUGUCUCACAUUUAGUAAUUUUAGUUACACAGAGGCAGUACUAAUCAACACCACUUUAAAGUGAUAGCCAUGGGACCCAUUAUGGUCUCUUCUUGUGUAUUUCUGUUGUGUUUUAAGAUGUCAGUCUAAGCAAAGAAAAUGUAUGCAAAUGAGCACAAUGUUUGUUUGUGCCAGAGCGCAAGUAAAUUACAUUGGAUCAGGACAGUAUUUUAUGCACCAUCACUAAUCUAAUGUGAGCGCUAGCAGUAUUAAAAGGGAUACAUAUUACUGUGAGUCUUGUUCUUAUUAAUCAUGUUGAAAAAACUUUCAGUAAGCAUAUAAAAGACAUUUUAUUUUUACUGUUCAUAUUUCACUCCUGAUUUCACUUGUCCUGAGGCCACAUGCUGGUGCAAAUAUAUGGGGCUGUAAAUAAAUAUUGGUGUGUGUGGGUGUAAUGCUCAGCUACAAUUU